ACCAUCAGCUGAUUAUUUCAUCUGUCUGGCUACUGUUUGUUGGUUUUGGUUGGUCUCUCUCUACUUGUCUUUUAAUGAUGUUAACUCUUGUUUAAAUUGAUAAAAUUUAAAGAGUAAAAUAAUUUAUAAACUUUACUAGUUAAGAUUUGAAUGAUGUACUUGUUCAACAUUUUACCUACAUAGUCUUUUAAACCCGGCUCAGUGACAGACAAGAGUUUUCUAAAAUCCUUUCAUUCUCCUUGGUUAAAAUAGUCUGCUUAUGUCAAAUUUAAAAUAUUUUGAUUUCUGAAAUAGGCCUACCUGUAUUUAAGAAAUUUUGUUUUUAUAAGUUAUUUUAGGGUUAUGAUAUAAUGGAAAAUGCUGAGAGCGUUAAAGAUCAAGAAAGAAGAGCUUUUGAUGUUGCAUUUGAAACCGAUUUUAUAAAAAGAGUGGAUGUUGAAAAUAUAAUUGAAUCUGUAUUUGGUCCAGAGAUUUCUCAAGAAGUGUUUUCUCUACAUGGAGUUUUUGAGAAAAAUUUCAAGACAUCCAGUGUGUUAGAAUGUGUUCAAUCUUGUGUGCGAAGAAAUCUAGAGCAAAUAGAAGAGGAAAUAAGAGACCUAGAGCCAAUAAUAGACACCAGAAGAGGCCGACUCGGAUCAAAAGAGGUUAGAUUUGAUGUUAACUCUCAUGUGGGCCUGUUCGUUGUUGGUACUGAUCGUUUAAGUAUCAAUUCUCAGAGUAAUUUCAGCACCUUAAGAGCGAAUGUCUGCUUCUAUGAAGGAAAAUGGCAUUACGAAGUUCAAUUGGGUUCGAAAGGUAUAAUGCAGAUUGGCUGGGCGUUGGGCAAUUGCAAGUUCUCUCAAGAAAUUGGCGUGGGUGAUACAAUCAACUCGUAUUCAUUUGAUGGACAUAGAGUUCGUAGAUGGAAUGUGUCCACCUACUCUUAUGGUGAGUCCUGGGUGAGUGGAGAUGUCAUCGGAUCGACCAUUGAUCUAGAAACUGGAUCAAUAGAAUUUUACAGAAAUGGUCAUUCAAUGGGUGAGGCCUUUAAAAAUAUUCAGAUGGGUCCUGGAUAUGCUUACUUUCCUGCUGUUAGCUUAGCCUUUGGUGAGAAUUUAGUUGCUAAUUUCGGAUCGACGCCAUUCAAGUACCAAGUGGCUGGAUACCACUCGCCAGAAAGAGCACCAUCGAUUUCUGUGGCUAAAGCUGAUCUCCUUUUAAAAUGGUUCAAAAAUCUUCUUGUCUACUCAGAUCCAAGAUAUCAGCCGAAAGAUGCAACUGAGCCUUCAUCCGUGUCCUCGGAAGGCAUCACGAUGAUCUUUGGCCACUUGCUGAUGCAGCACCUUGCUCCACUACUGAGCAUGCCUUUUGUGGUAGAGGCCAGUUUGAUGCCCUUCCUCAUGGACCUCGGCAGGAAAGCAGUCACUCCCGGCAAGAAAGCGCCCUCUAGAACUGUCACAGCUGUCUGGCUCAACAUGUUCCUCGAUAUGUUUUGGCUGUUCCUUGAUGCAUGGGAUCAAAAGCAAUGCUUGGAAUCAGUUGCCAGCUAUUUGCUCUCUAGAUUCCGAUCAGUCUCUUUCUCUGUUGAGUACACUCUUCAAAAGGAAACUCUACAUAUUCUUACACUCCUCUGUCGUCAUUCAAAAACAAGAGUCUUUCUUAUACAAAAUGUUCUCUUCGAUAAAGUAAAAUUCGCCAAUCUUUCGCACAUGAAACCACUUGAUGCGAAAGGUCUUUGCGAAGCAGUACCUUGUCCUUAUUGGAAAGGCAUUGAGGAAGAGAUAGUGGAUGGAGAGGGAAAGCUCAAGAGAUACCUGGAUGACUGCGAAAAAUUGAAGGCUGGCAUUAUCGCCGUUGAAAAUAUGCAGAAAGAGUUGUUAAUAGCGUUGAUGGACAACUGUGAUGGAACUCGGGAGCAGCCUUCCUCUCGUAGAUUGUUCCUUCGCAAAUAUCGUCAAUACCUUCAUGACACCAUGCUAUUUAGUAAACAGACGCUUCCGGUGGUGGCGACGCCUCUGCCGAUCGUGCUGUGCUGCUUCCACCGACUGGUGACGGCGGCGCAAUCGCUGCUCGAGAGAGAGCUUCCGGCGGACGCGGCUGAGUUCAGCAUUCCGGUGCGCUCCUUCCUCGACCGCUCCCUCAACCACUUCAACAUCGAGCGGUUCGGCGGCGUCAUGUCGCAUCUGCGCAAGGUUCACGCGCAGGAAAUCGCGCAAGAGUUGGGCGAUGAUCAUCCCAUCAACGCCGCUGAUCGCCACGAUGACGUGCAUAUGUGUACUUCCAUAGUUCCUCGUAUACCACCGGCACAGUACCAGGCUGCUCCUUCGGGAACUGUAACGGUUACCACGUUGGUGAAUCCUCAGACUACCAUCGCCACCACCAUGACUGAUAUAGACGGUGGAAGUGCAAUACAGGAUACCAUGCCCAAUAACACCGGUUACAUGUUACCACUUCUGGCGCGUAUGAUUCAAAACCAGUUAGCAGGCGGACCCCUGCCGUUGAUAUUGCGGGGUCAUGCACUGAUCCCGUCCUGUUCGACGAUGGAGAAGGCGACCCCCGCUGGGGCCAUCGACCCCCAAGCAUCACUCAUCGAACUGGUCGAUGGUCUCGUGCUUUUCUAUCAUCUAUGUGCACACAAACAACUGAUAAAGGUUAGCUCCUUGAGAGAUAACAUGGAGGAAAUUGAAAACUCUCUGGAAGAAAUGAAAGUGAAUCUGAAUAAGCUUUCGCCUUUUUCUACUGCUCAACCUGCAACGAGGAAGUCAAUUGAGGUGUUGGAAGAGAAGCUGACAGAAAUGAGCCGCCACAUGGCGUGGGUGAGAGCGGCGAUCUUCUCGCCGGAAAAGCAGGCCGAACUGGCGUGGCUACUGCGCAUCGUGAUACGCACCCUUCAGGGCGCCUCCAGCAAGGGAAAGCUGCUCUCGUUUGUGCCCGAGUUCUACCUCGACACUCUCAUUGAGCUAACCACCGCGCUGCGAUCGCUAUUUUGUCCCACUGUGCCCAUCGACAAUAUUCCAGAUUGGCAAUCGAUCCUGAUGGAUGUUGGUGAAUUUGUUUGUACCCAUUUUGCUGAUCCAAGGAUUGUUCAUGCCAGCUGCAAAGAUACUCUAGUCCAAUCAUUAGCCGCUUUCGUCUGCUGUUCAAGCACACUCAAGUGCCUAGAAAUGCUACCGUUGGAGAGCCGCAGUGCGAUGAUCUGUGGCCUGCUGCGGCCGUACGAGAACCGGGCGUGGGCGCAGAGCAAUUGGGUGCUGGUGCGCUUCUGGCAGGGCAACGGAUUCGCCUUCCGCUACAACAAGUCGCCGCAUCUCACCACCAAGUUCGGCCCCAGAGACAUCAGGCUCGACGGCAGCCUCGUAGUCCAACCAAUAGCUGACCCAUGUCCAUCAGUGGUAUUCCAACAGCAAAUCAGUGACUCACUAAUCAAUGAUGAGAAGCUGGCGACCGCAUUCAUCAACUCAAUUCUCAAUCAACUCAAUUGGGCGUUUUCUGAGUUCAUUGGAAUGUUGCAAGAGAUUCAAAACUUGACAUCGAGGCCAGAAAGGCCAGAUCGAGUGUUGAUUGAGUCGCGCCAGCUGAAGAUCUGUGCAACCUGCUUUGACCUGACCUUAUCGCUGCUGCGGGUUCUCGAGAUGAUGGCCAGCAUCGCCAGGCCGCUCUUCACCAACACAUCCAGGGAGAGCUCGGAAACGCUCCUCGAGAGAAUGUGUCAGCUACUAUGCCAAGUACUGAAUAGAAUUAGCUCGAUUACGGGAUGCUUUCAGUACGUUGUCGACAUGGAAAUUGCCGAAUUGGAGUCUGUCGAUCACUUUCCCAUUCUGACAGCAGUUAUCGGCAUUCUUCUAGCUUUGCUACAGGACGAACUGGGGCCAGGUGAUUACGAUGAAGAAAGCUCGCUUCUGGACAGCAGUCAGCGACUGGGCACAGUUUCGAGAGCACUGCUAUCAGAGCCCAGCUUCCAGAUGUCAUCGCUGCAGUUUGUGCUGGGGCAGCAGCUGCCCAGUUCAUCCACAUCCAAAUUAAAAUCGUCUUUGUCAUCUUCUCGUCCCAAAACCUUCUCUUUCGCCUCCUAUCCCAAUGAUAUCACGUACAUGGAAUUGGAACAAGUAAGAGAGAUGAUUGCUCACUUGACAUGGUGUCAGAACAAACUUUCUUUAGCCAAAGAGGAGGAUGAAGAUACUCUCUGCUCCAUCUGCUAUGCUUAUCCAACUACUGCUACCUUUCAUCCUUGCGAACAUGUAUCUUGCAGACUCUGCAUCAAACAUCAUCUAAUGAACAACAAAGAUUGCUUUUUCUGCAAAACGAUCAUCAAAAAAGUUACAAUGGCUGAUGGAACUGUACUAUUCAAUUCUGAGGAACCCUGUGACACUGCUGGAUGUCCGUCUGAUCUGACUGAUGAGAGCUAAGGCUAUUACAGCUGAAAACUCUCAAAAGAUUCGUCAAGAAAAAAGCUAAGAUACCAAAAGUUGACAGUCUAGUGUCCUGUUUAGUGAGAAAUUGUAAAAAUCUAGUUGUAAGAUAUCAACUACAGCAAUAUUAAUCGGCUUUUCAAGGAAUAUUUAUUUUUUUAUUGAAAUCGACAAAAAUUUGCUACAUGGAAUAGAUUAAAUUGUUAUGUUGAACAUACAAUGCUCAAUUAUAUCUGAUUUUAUAUAUUGUUGAUCCUUAUAUUUUUAUUAUAUAACUUCGGUUGCACAGACGUUAAUCAUUGUUGAACGUUGGUUAGGAUUAUAACUUGUAAUCAGUGAUCAAUCUCUGAUAAUCGGCGAUCAAUCUGUAAUCAUAGUCGAGCAACUGACUGAUGUUAUUAUUUCGUUGUAUUGAUUACUACUAUCAGGAUUGGUAUGGCGUGCUUAUCAGUCUUCAUUACACAAAAAUAGUAUGUAGGCCUAUCUCUCGAAUAAAAUUGGAAGGUAAACUCAUACUAAAACAUUCUCAUAACUCUGAUCAAGUUCUAUUAUUCAUUCUGAUACUCGAUGACUGUGACUGGUAGCCUACUCUCUUGAAGAAUAUGCAUGUUUAUUUAUUUAUUUAUUCAUUCAGUCAUUUAUUCAUCUAUUUCCACAAUCACAAGAUCAAAUUAGUGAUUGGGAGAGAAUCAACAGGAUAAACCCAAAACUUUUUCUCUCCCUAAUUUUGAUCAAAAUAGUUCAAAAGAGGUUAUGUACACACUUCUUAUAAUGAUCACAGAAAUUAAUAAUUGUCCAAAUAUACAUUAUACUAAAAAAAUUAUGUGGGUUAAUCAGAUGGUGAAACGAUGAAUUGUUACACUUGAAAUGCAUUAAUAAAUAAGAAAAUAGACUAUUAAAGAACUUGAUAAAUUUUAAGUCAAAAAUCACAAAAACAUUCACUAGCGAAUGAUAUAGGUUAUCAUUCUUUUUGUCAUUGUGCUAAUGGGAGCUGCUUUAUUUAUUCUUGGUUCCGUUUAAUGGCCGGGACACACAUAUCCGCACCGAGCCCGCGCCGCGGCACGACCGUGUGACGGACAUAUUACGGCGAGUGAGAAAACAAAUGUUUUCAAACGUGUAGGGACACAUACUACCGCACCGCAUCAGCACCGUCACCGUGUUUGUUGCCCGAGCCGUGCCCGCGCCGUCACCGACUAGUUCAGUCUACUUUUUGUAGGAGACGGUGCGGGCUCGUUUAACAUAGAGAGUGAAAAACUUAUUGAAGAGUUAGAGAAUUUUCCAGUUUUUUACGAUCAAAGUGAUGAGAAAUAUGGUUGAACGGAAAAUAAGUUAAACCAAAAGUAAAAGUAUAACCAAAUAAUAAGUCAAGCCAAAGAUAUGAUAGACAUUAUAUGAUAAAUUAUGAAAUAAACAACAAAAAGUAAAAAAAAGGAACCCGUGACAGUGUCUUAAAUUUUUAAUUUAAAACUAAUUACGUUUAGAUACAUAUAAGGCAGAAGAUAACAAUUUUAUUGCUGGUAUAUAUAUUUCCGAUUUAUGACUGAUUGUGGUAUUGUUAUGCACCGAAAUAUAUACCAGUACUAUGAUUCUCAUCGUCUACAGGUAAUUAGUUUAAAAAUGAAAAAUAUAAAUUUAAAUCGGAUGUAACAAGCUUUAAUAGUGUUAUAUUAUUAACAAUAGUUUAACACAUUCAGAAAUCAGACCACAGAAGCACUACAGAACUGUCUCAGUGUCUCACUGCUGCUGCUCGGCUGUCGCACGGAUAUGUGUGUUCUACCACCAUCACCGUGUCGCGGGCAUAGCUCUGCCGUACCUCGGCACGGGCUCGGUGCGGUUAUAUGUGUCCCGACCUUUAACCUUAGUAUCGGUCUCCUCAUAUUAAAAGUGAAAUUUUCUAUUAGAAUUCAAAAAUGCUGGUAUGAACAAAGCUUCAGAUUGGAGGUUUUGAGCUCUGUAAAUGAUGAGGUAGAGGGGUGCACUUUGAAUAGUUGCCUGAUCAUCUUCCUUGGCGCAGCUUUGUGAUUAUACGAUCUAAUAAUUUAUCUGAAAUUAUUAUGAUACAAUACUUUUUCUAUAAAAGUAAUAGAAAACAAAACGAUUUCUUAUUGAGUUGAUAUGCAUUAAAUAUGCUUGAAUGAUUUGGAAAAUAGAUCAGGCUUUUUAAAAAAUCUUGUGUUGAAUUUCUUGAUCCAUCACAAACUGCUGUAAGUUUCAUCAAGUUUUAACGCUGAAUGUCGACUUGCAGACUAAAGUAAUUAUUGUGAAAAAUAUGAAAUAUUUUUACUUACUGACUGGAGCAUGCUUUUGAAUCACAUGGGAUUCAUUGUCAAAAGUUGCACAGAAGCCUCUUAAAAUCAAUCUUGAUUAAAUGCCAUGAGAACCAAUCAGAGAAUGCAUUCUUAAAAAGGAGGUUUCUAUGAUUGGUUCUCGUGGAAUUGGAUCAAGGUUGAAAUUCAACAGGCUAUCGUGCAACCGAGUCAUUUUAAUUUUUAAAAACGUUGAUUUAUCCUUUUGUAUUCUCCUAUUCCAUUACUAUCAAUGAACUCGACUAAAUUUUUCUCAAUAGAGAAAAUUCUUAUGAAAAAUUUUCUGUACUUAAAUCUAGUUCAAUACUGUUAGUAAAAUACUAUUGUCGAUUCAAUUUACUGCAUUCAGAUUUGGUUUUACGGUAUUUUAUACUCGAUCUUAUUGGUUUGAAUUUGAACGACAAUAUUAUUAUUAAUCUACUGAUUAGUAUAAACGUGAUUCGGCUGUUGUGCUACUCUCAUUCUAGCUUAUUG